AUGGCUGCUAGUGAUGUAAAAUAUCUUGAACUCUCCACUACUGUCAAGAAACCUGUCUCAAUAACUAGAAUGUACCUUGAUCCUAUUAAUGUUGAACCCAAUGUUGAGGCUUCUGCAAAAAGUUCCGUCGUUUCAAAAGUUAUGGAAAAUGUUAAAACAUAUGAAAUCACUAAUAAACCUAGAUCUGUUACUACUAUGAGUAAAUCUAGCAUGAUUGUUGCUGAUAGAGACGACGUUGAUAAGAAUAUUUGUGUGCUGAACUCUCAAGUUUUGGGUAUUGAACCUAAGACUGUUGUUGUGCCGGAUGGAUCCACAUCCUUAGCCCAACCUGAUAACCCUGCUAAAACCCCUCUGGAUAAAUCUGAUGCCAAUAGGUUUACUCAGUCCCCUGAAAAAUUAGAAGAAAAAGAUUAUUCUAAUGGCAUGUCCAGUUUUUUAGCUAACAAAGAAGAAAACUCUGUAGAGAAGAAGGAUCAAUAUAUAAACAUAGUGAAUAUAGAUGAUCUGGACUCUGACGAUGAGCCCAUUGGUAAAAUACUAGCUCCAGGAAUAGCUAAAAGGUUAAAAAACAGGAAAGGUAAAGGAAUUGAAUCCUCCAACACGCCUUCAAAAUCUCUCAAGAGAAGAACUAGUGUUAGGCCUACAAAAGGAGGAGCAAGAAAGCACUCUUAUGGGAAGAAGAUUCCAACAAAUAUUCAUGAAGUUCCAAUUGAUAACAUCUCCUUUCACUCUGUGGAGAAUAUAGAAAAGUGGAAAUUUGUUUACCAAAGGAGAAUGGCAUUGGAAAGAGAACUUGGGAAAGAUGCUUUUGAGUGCAAAGAAGUGAUAGGUCUAAUUCAAGAAGCUGGAUUGAUGAAAAGUGUGUCCGACUUUGGCAAGUUCUAUGAAAUGCUUGUUAAAGAAUUCAUAGUGAAUAUCUCUAAGGAGUGUGAUAACAAGAGAAGUAAGGAGUUUAGAAAGGUUUAUGUAAGAGGAAGGUGUGUGGGAUUCUCCCCUGAAAUUAUAAACAAUUUUUGGGCUGAAAUGAAGAAGAACAAGUUGAGGUGGAAGUUUUUGACAAUGUCAUUUGCAGAGAAAUUACGGAAAAACAAAUGA